CUUAAUAAAGUGAAGAGACUAUCGAUGACUUUUUGAUCAAGCUCUAUAAUGAGAAAAAAAUGAGUGAAGAAACUAAAGAGAAAAUAAUGAAAUCCAUUGAGAGAUUUGUUAAAUUGUUAAAGCAAGUAAAAUAUCAAUCCCUCAAUCCUCCUUUAUCAAAAUUGUAUCAUACUUAUUUUGGGUCGUUGUUAAAUGGCUUUGGAACACAAUCAUCAGAUGUUGAUUACACAAUAUUAACUAAUUCAUAUGUGAAUGAAAAGCAAUUCCUUUAAUUUACAAAAUAAGAAAUUGAAAAAAUUAUCAAGUCAAACAAAAAUUAUUCAAGAUUCGUAAUAGAAAGAUAUGUUGAUUCAGCUCGUAUUCCCGUUAUCAAUAUUAAGGAUACAGUUGAAAAUGUGGAGUUUGACUUGUGUGUCAAUAAUAUUUUAGGAGUAAUAAACACAAAACUACUAAAUUAAUAUGCUAGUCUUCAUGAGAAUGUAAGAAUAGGAGGGGUUCUCUUAAAAGUGUGGGGAAAGGCCUAAAAAUUAAUAAACCAUAAUGAUUUUUCCUCUUAUCAGAUAAUAUUGAUGUGGAUUGCAUUUUUAUAGAGAGAGCAUAUGCUACCAGUAUUGUAAGACAAAGAAUUAUUACGUCAGACUAAUGAUUAAUCAGGAAAAUUGGAAAUCGCAAGAGCAAAGUCAGGGGAUGAAGCAUCGUCUCCUACUGAUCACUUUACAACAGAUGUGAGUUUCUUGACUGACCCAGAAAUAAUCAAAUAGAAGAUGGAACAAUGCACAGUGGGAUGUUAUAAGAUAAGUGAAUUGUUAAGGGAUUUUUGGAAAUUUUACUAAUUUCCUGAUGGUAAAUUUUUUAAAGAUGAAUACCUCAUUUCAAUCCAUUAACCUAAUAAAGAUCUAUAAAAAAAAUGGGCAACCAACCUUAAGUUCUUAACAAAAGACCCUUUUGAUAUCUCUCACGACCCAGGUUAAAGGGCUAAGAAUAUUGAAGAAAGAAGAUUGGAAAUUUUUGAAAAGUCAAAAAUAAUAAUGCAGAAAUAGUUACUGUAAUAAGUAAAGGAGAUAUUUUCAUAAUAAUGA